AUGAGCCAAAAUGCUGUCGCUGUGUCUGCACCUGGCAAGGUCUUGCUAGCUGGUGGUUAUCUCGUGCUUGACAGAAAGUACAAUGGACUCGUGUUUGGCCUGGAUGCUCGUAUCCACGUCUGUGUAAAGCCCUUCGCAUCCAGUUCGGGCGUCACCUUUUCUGAGAUCACGGUCAAUUCACCCCAAUUCCAGAAUGCUGUCUGGGAAUAUGGGUAUCGCUUGGCCUCUCAAGACGGGGGUGUUAAAGUGACCCAAUUGAGAGUGGAUGCUGACUUGAAGCUCAACCGCAAUCCAUUUGUAGAGACAGCUCUGGCUUAUGCCCUAAGCUACGUCUCGAGUGUUGGGUCGUCCAACAUCUCUCCUUCGUCAAUUACCAUCCUGGCAGACAAUGACUACUACUCGACUUCUUCGGCUGAAUUGACUGGCGCAAGGUUCCACGACUUCGGCGUCCCUCUCGCGGAAGCAAACAAGACUGGACUAGGAUCUUCCGCUGCUCUGGUGACCGCGUUCACUGCUGCUGUACUCAGCUACUACUUACCCCAGGAUGCCUUUGAUCUGACCACUGAAGCUGGCAAGCGCAAACUACACAACCUGGCACAAGCAGCUCACUGUGCUGCUCAAGGCAAGGUUGGCUCCGGAUUCGACGUGGCUUCUGCAGUGUAUGGCAGUUGUUUGUACCGAAGAUUUUCACCAUCCAUUCUGUCCGCACAUGGAGAACCAGGUACACCAGAGUUUGGCAAGCAACUGGUCGACAUUGUCAACGAGAGCGGUGCGAAUGGCCAAUGGGAUACCGAGAUCGUCAAGGAUCAAGUAAAGGUUCCGGCGGGCAUCAGAUUGAUCAUGUGCGAUGUCAGCUGCGGUAGCCAGACGCCUGGCAUGGUCAAGCAAGUCCUCGCAUGGAGAAAAGACACGGGAGCAGAAGCAGAGAAGGUGUGGGAAGGAUUACAGGAGGUCAACGAGGGGUUGGCACAAGAGUUGGUCAAGUUGGCCGAGAGUGGAUCAAAAGACUACUCAGGACUCAAGCAACGCAUUCAGGCCAUCAGACAAGGGAUCCGCGAGAUGAGCAAGCAAAGUGGAGUACCUAUUGAGCCACCGGCGCAAACGAAGCUACUGGAUGCUUGCAGCAACAUUGAGGGGGUAAUUGGCGGAGUGGUGCCGGGAGCAGGAGGGUAUGAUGCAGUUGCGCUGUUGAUCGAAGACAAGGACUCAGUGGUUCACAAGCUGCAGGAAUUGCUUUCUGGGUGGAAGAUCGAAGGCGAGACUGGAGGCAGCAUGGGCAAAGUGAGCAUGCUGGGAGUCAAGCAGGAGAUGUCUGGAGUGCGAGUCGAGCAGGCCAGCCACUAUGUGGAGUGGUCGGAGUAG